AUGGAUCCAAAGACUGGAAAGUUCAAGCGCUAUCAAGAGGCUGCAAGAAAGGAUGUCGAACGAGCUUUCGGGGUGCUUCAAGGUUGUUGGGCAAUCCUUAAACAUAAUGCCCUCCCGUUUUCGGUGAACAAAAUAAAACGUAUUAUGUAUGCUUGUGUUAUUCUACAUAACAUGAUUGUUCAAGACAACGGUAACGCAAUAUCCGACUUUGAGGAAGAUUAUUUGUCCAAUCCAACUAAUGUGCCAACACGUACGUGGGAUGAAAGGGUUGCAACGCAAAUGCGGGCCUUCGGGGAGUUACGUGAUAGAAGGACGCACCAUCGACUUCGCAAUGCUCUAGUGGAAUAUGUUUGGAACCUCCCGGAAAAUUACCGUCAACGUUGA